CCUCCAGUCUCUCCGGUCUUAUCAGUAACUCCACAAAAGCCUACUCUAUCAAUUAAUAGUCGCGAUAUCACUGACUCUGUAAAUCUAGAACAGGCACAAAGUGAUACACCCGAGAAAAUUAUUUCUCCCGAACAGAUAGAGAACACAUCUGAUAACGC